CGUUGAAUUCGCUGAAUUCUUAGCGACACAUCUGAAUCUGUGAAGCAGGCCGUGUGGGAGAGAAACAGUCUAUUCAUUCAGCUGAACUUCGUGAAUAAUGUGGAAUCGCUUAGGUUUGUUACGGUGUGCAUUCACCGCCGUCUUUUUGAUGCCGUUUUUCGUGACGGCUUAUCCGCGAGAAUGGCAGUCGGCUUCCUUGCCUCAGAAGGGCACACCAUCUGCGCCGUGGAUGCCAGCUCCUAGCAAACACCAGGUGACCAAGGACGAGACUGAACGUCGACCGGAAACCGAAACUGUACGGGUAACGUGCCACCCUGACUACAUGGAGAUUGAGAUUGACGCUGAUCUGCUGGAAUUGGGCUUCCCGGUUGACGUAGAGGACGUAAGACUGGGCAAGAGCGAGCAGUCCGGCGAGGCUUGCAAGGCCGUUUACACCGAAGCUGACAAAUACAGGAUCGCUGCGGCACUAACUGACUGCGGCUCGGAGCGCGCGAUCACAGAAGACUACCUGAUCUACAGCAAUACCCUUGAGUACGCUCCUAGCCCCUCCCCUGACGGCGUGGUCCGAACACAAGCGGCGUCCUUUCCCGUUCAGUGCUACUACAGGAGGAAAUUUGACCUGAGCAGCUUUCCUGUGAUGCCCACCUGGAUCCCCUUCAUGUCUACUCGUGCCGACGAGGGCCAACUCGACUUCUCACUCCAACUCAUGACUGAUGACUGGGCUUUUAAAAGGGCAUCUAAUCAAUACCACCUGGGUGACGUCAUCAACAUUGAGGCUUCAAUCAAGCCGUUAAGCCACAACCCCAUGCGGGUGUUUGUGGACCACUGUGUUGCUACGUUGACCCCUGACGCCAGUUCCGUUCCCCGAUACGCCUUCAUUGAGCACGAUGGCUGUAUGAUGGACAGCUUCAUGACGGGCUCCACAUCCAGGUUCCUUCCCCGUGUCCAGCAUGAAAAGCUUCACAUCCAGUUGGAUGCCUUCAGGUUUCACGAAGAGGAGCGUGCUGAGCUGUACAUCACCUGUCUGUUGAGGGUGGAGCCUGUUGGGGCGGAGCCUAUGAGUCGUGCAUGCUCCUUCAUCGACAACAGAUGGCAGUCUGCAGAUGAUGAGGACUGGCUCUGUGAUGGCUGUGUCUUGAAGGGUGGACCUGCCCAGUCUGUUCCAUCCAAUCAGCAAAGCUCCUCAACGUUCCAGAGUUCUGCUGCUCGUCACCAUGGAAGCUCGGAAGUCUCCUACCACCCUGGACAGCUCAAACCCAGGUCUGGGGCUUCAUCGGGGAAGAACCUGGUAGAGUCCAGUAAAGGUUGGGAAAAAGAGGAAAGAAUUGGUCCGAUUCCUGUGCUCAAGAAGCCACUGUCAGCCCCUGAAGCAGUUCAAGGCCCUCCACCAGUCUUGGCAGGUGAGCUGAGCUCCAGGCUGCUUCUGGGAGAGACUAAGAUGGCCGCCCCUGCCAAACUAAGACCGCUAACCAACAACGGACUCCCUAAGGAAUUCAAGCCAGAAACUGAGAUGGCCGCCCCUGCCAAACUAGGACUAAGAGGGUAUGCUCCUGUAACCGACAGAAGACUCCCUGAGGAAUUCAAGCCAGUUUAUGAGGAUCAGCCGGUGCUACCGGUUCUCAAAAGCCCAGACUCUAAUAUUAACCAGUUCUUUGAUGUGUGGAGAAAGCGAGCUUCCCCAAAAGACCUGGCUGAGAUGAUGCAGCUUCUGCAGAAAUCUUCUUCUUCAGCAGCCAUUAGUGUAGAUGCUAUCACCGACGCCCCGGUGACCAAGGUGACCUCCCUGCCAGCAGAGGGCCCCAGCACCACUCCUGCUGCACUGAAGGCCACUCCUGAGUUUGAAUUCAAGGGUCUGGCAAAGAAUGACACGAUGGCUGACCCGAAGCUUGACUUUGCCAUGGUUUCAUCCACAGAGGCUCUGGAACUGUCAAGUGAUGAAGAGGAAGAUGACCUCUAGAGAUUACAUUAGAGUUUAGGCUUUUCUAAUUACAUUGUUUGAGAAAUAAAGUUUCCAAACUGUAUUGAGUUUGUGUUUUGUCUUUUCCUGCAGCAAAUUCAUUUGAGGUAAUUUCUAAAGGGAUGACUUGUGGUGCCAUAGGGGUUUGAUUAAGCCUUUUGUGCCAGAUGGCGCAGGUACAGUGGACCCCUGGAUGCAGAGCUGAUGGCCUUUUGGCCACUGGUUAAACAGCCUGCUGUUUUGCAACUUGCUUAAA